UUCAUACUUUUCAUACACUCAUAUCGACAAGAGGAAUCUAUCAAGGUUACAAAAAACAAAUCUGAACAGCACGAAACGAUAAUCGAGUAUGUAAUGUUAAGUAACAUUAGAAAAUCCGUGCCCGUGUAAAAAUGUUCCUCACAGUUUACUGAAGUAACUCGGAAGCCUGUUUGUGAAGCCCAAGCCCAGGCUGUCGGUACUGCUGCUGCUCCCUUCUGAGUCAUCCACUGAGGCAAAACAAAUCUGCCCAUAGCAGCAAAGCUAACAAGACGUCGAACACGCGAGUGCCUGUUGGGGUUCUCUUAAUACCCAUCUACCUCUGACUUUGUGGUCUGCCAUCACUGCACUGCCACCUGUGUCUCACAGCUGGACGCCAUGGCUGCUAACAAGAAUGCUCUGGCCCUUCACAAAGUGAUAAUGGUGGGCAGUGGUGGCGUUGGCAAGUCAGCAUUAACACUGCAGUUUAUGUACGAUGAGUUUGUGGAAGACUAUGAGCCCACUAAAGCUGACAGCUACAGAAAAAAGGUGGUUCUGGAUGGAGAGGAGGUUCAAAUCGACAUCCUUGACACAGCUGGGCAGGAGGACUACGCUGCCAUUCGAGAUAAUUAUUUCCGCAGUGGAGAGGGAUUUCUCUGUGUGUUCUCCAUCACAGAAUCAGAAUCUUUUGCUGCUACUGCUGAUUUCAGAGAACAGAUCCUUCGUGUGAAAGAGGAGGAAAACGUACCUUUCCUACUGGUGGGAAAUAAGUCAGACUUGGAGGACCGACGACAGGUUGGAGUGGAGGAGGCCAAAGCCAGAGCAGAUCAGUGGGCAGUCAGCUACGUCGAGACUUCUGCCAAAACCCGUGCCAACGUCGAUAAGGUGUUUUUUGAUCUCAUGCGUGAGAUCAGAGCCAGAAAAAUGGAAGAUGGCAAAGAGAAAAAUGGAAAGAAGAAGAGAAAAAGUUUGGCAAAGAGGAUUCGGGAAAGAUGUUGCAUUUUAUGAUGACAGAGUCCAUCUGCACUGCUAACUUCUCUGUUCUACUCCAGUCCUUCCAAAACAAAACCAUCAGGUUUCACCCAGCUACGAUCUGUGUCUGGUUCUUUGUGUUUUUUAAUGGGUAUGAAAGGGUAGAAUAACUGAUACGCAUUACCAAAAUGAUGACCAAAUGGUGUCAAAGGUCUGACAUAUCAAAUAAGAACAUUUCAUAGCUCAAGCACACCAUAGAGAAGAACUAAAAUGCUGUUAACUCCAAUAUUGUGCAUUAAUCUUCAACCAGUUGCAAUGCUGUUUACUUUAGUUGCUUUCAAUUUUGAAUGUGACAGAGUCGGGAAAACAUCAAAUGCUAAACACUAACACUUUAGGCAUAUAAAAAAUACUAUUCUGCCGACUUAAAAAAAAAAAAAACAUGGUAUCAUGGAGCAAGUCUGAUUUUAGGACACCUCCAAAAGAAAAUUACAGCUAUGCCUUGACUAACAAUCAUAUCUAAUUAUUACUCUAGAAAAUGAACACUUGCUUAAUGAUAGCUAACUGGGUUAAACCCAGUAAUUGAUCUGGAGUUUAUUCUUGAUGGUCUGUUUCUACUAAAACACCUUUAAAGUUUAAAGGCCAUGCAUUUCAGCGAUGACGAAUUGGCUUAAGUCUGUGUAUUGUCACCAUCCUUCAUUUCAUCAUAAAUAUCCCAAGCCUAACAGUGCAUCAACUCUGUGAGCUAAACAGAACCCACAUACGCACAUAUAAAAUAUUUGCAGUCAAAAGGGCUAUUUGUCAUCCCUGUGUAUAUGUGGCACCAGAAUGAUAGAUUUCUUUAAUGCUGUUGAUGUGUUCUUAAUGAUUUUGCUAUUUAGAAAAGAACAUUAUUGACGUGGGUCUAGUUUACUGUGAAAAACAGGCUGGAAUGUUGCUUUAUUACACAGACUGAAUUGUGUACUAUAUUAUAACUUAUAUGCAAUUUUCUUGGAACUUUUAUCCUGUGUAAUUAUAUUUUCUAUUGUAAAUUAAACAUUUUCUGAAUUUUA